CUUUGUGAAGAUGGUUGAGCUGAUUAUACUCUUGCUGCCUCCUGCUCUGUAAAUCUGGUAUUAGCAGGAUUUAGUUUAUAUACAUAUAUCUAUGCUACCAUCUGCUAGGUUGGAAUGGAAAAUCAACCGAGUGUUUUGACACAAAGAUAUGAAAUCGGGCAAUUGCUGGGCCAAGGUACAUUUGCUAAGGUCUACUUUGCUAGGAGUAUCACAACUAACCAGAGCGUGGCAAUUAAAGUAAUUGACAAGGAAAAGGUAUUGAGGGUUGGGAUGAUGAAUCAGAUCAAGCGAGAGAUUUCUGUGAUGAGAAUUGCUGGACACCCUCAUAUUGUGCAACUUUAUGAGGUCAUGGCCACCAAAACUAAGAUUUACUUUAUAAUGGAAUAUUGCAAAGGUGGAGAGCUCUUUAACAAGGUGGCCAAGGGAAGGCUAAAGGAGGAUGUUGCCAGGAAAUACUUUAUACAGCUCAUCAAUGCAGUUGAUUUUUGCCAUAGUAGGGGUGUUUAUCACCGGGAUAUAAAGCCAGAGAACCUGUUGUUGGAUGAGAUUGAGAAUCUCAAGGUCUCUGACUUUGGGUUAAGUGCCCUUGCAGAAUCUAAGCGCCAAGAUGGCCUACUCCACACUACUUGUGGUACUCCUGUCUAUGUUGCCCCCGAAGUGAUCAACAGGAAAGGCUAUGAUGGAGCAGCUGCUGAUAUUUGGUCUUGUGGAGUGGUUUUAUUUGUUUUAUUGGCAGGCUAUCUUCCAUUUCAUGAUUCAAAUCUCAUGGAGAUGUACAGGAAAAUUGGCAAAGCUGAAUUCAAAUGCCCUAGCUGGUUCCCACUAGAGAUACGUAAGCUCUUGUCGAAGAUGUUAGAACCAAACCCCAUUGCUAGGAUUUCAAUGUCUAAAAUUAAGGAAAGCUCUUGGUUCAGAAAAGGACUCAUCUCUAAACAGAAAUCCCCUGAAACAGAGAUCAAGGAUCCAGCUUCCUCUACUUCUUGUCAGGAUAGUAGUAUGAUGACUGAAGAGAAGCAAGAGCUGAUACAACCUUCAAACUUAAAUGCUUUUGAUAUCAUCUCCUUUUCUGCUGGGUUUGAUCUGUCUGGAUUGUUUGAUGACUACUCUCAAAAGAGAGAAGCAAGAUUUACUUCCAGACAACCUGCCUCUGUCAUCAUCUCCACGCUGGAAGAAACUGCUAGACAGCUGAGACUGAAAGUGAAGAAGAAGGAUGAAGGCGUGUUGAAAAUGGAAGGAUUGAAGGAAGGUAGAAAGGGGAUAUUGUCCAUUGAUGCAGAGAUCUUUCAGGUGACUCCAACUUUUCAUUUGGUGGAGUUGAAGAAAUCAAAUGGAGAUACUAUGGAAUAUCAACAAAUAAUGAAACAAGAUAUGAGGCCUGCUCUCCAAGACAUUGUUUGGGUUUGGCAGGGUGAGCAACAACAGCCUGCAUCACAAUUGCAGCAAGAGUCUGAACAGGAGCAGCAGCAGCAGCCACAACAACAACCAUGACAGGAUUAUGCUUUGAUAAAAUCUAUUCUUUGUACAUUCACAAUAUACGCUGACAUCUUGAAUUUUUGUUUUGUUUUUCGUUGUGAGAGUAACACCCCCAUUUAAUAAAACUGCAGUUGUUUG